AUGAAGUUACUUCUCCUGUGGAGCUUCUCCAUUGGCGUCUUAACUGCAGUUCGAGCCCAAUCCGACACAUGUCCAGCACUGAAGGACCGCCAGCUCGCCAAGCCUGGAAACUGUUCUGCUGUGACAGAAUCAUCAAAACCGUGGCGGAGACUGGAAUGAAGACUCUUGACCUUUAUGGGCCUAACGGGCCACGGACCCUUGGACCAAUUGUUCAGGCGCUGAGCAGCUUAGUCCAGAAACACUUCCAAGUUGCCUAUGAGAUUGUGAUGGCUCCAAAUGGCUUUGUGCUUAACACCAACUACAAUGGCACUAGGCUCUGCAAGUUCCAGACCAAUAGCUAUACAUUGGCUAUCUAUGAAACCCCUGCUAAAUAUGACAUCAACAGUGCCCGAUAGAAGUAUUUCAACAAGUUUGCACUUCACGACAAGCUACGUCUUUUGCCAGUUUCCAAACAUCUACGGCAGUUAUCCAGGCUUGCCCACACUUCCCACAGAGGAUUGCUACUACCAAUACCGCCGCCGGAGCACAGUCUUGUAGGGCGACUGUUCGGACGCUGA